UUUGCCAAAAAUACGAAAAAAAAAUCGAAACCUUUUCAAAAUGUGCGAAGAAACUUCGAUAUGCGAAUGUGAGCCGACCACAUUGAUGAUGCACUCGAACACUUAUCACAUCCACUUGCCUCUUUACAUCAUGGACAUGGUGCGCAUUUUCCAGGAUCAUCCCAAAUAUGUGAAUGGCAUCAAGGAGAAUCACAUUGUCGAUAUGUUGGCCAAGGAACCCUUUGCCUGUGGCGACUUGGAGGCUCAGGUGAAGACAGCCGUCAUGGACUUGUCGGCAAAGGGCUUCAUACGCUAUAUUAACAACGGAUAUCGCACAUUGGGGCCGAUCGCCAAGCUGGCCAAUGCACGGAACGUGCGUCACUUUUGCGCCACCUGGCAGCGCAUUGCCGAGCUACAGAAGGUCAACUCGGACAUCCUGGACGGCAGCUGCACCCUAAACAGCCAUCGCCACAAGUGCAACAGGCGUGGCACCAGUUGCUAGCUGGCUAAAAAGCCAAAGGCAGCCUAGCUGGCAAACGUUUUGAUUUUCAUAUUUAUAAUUUUUUUUUAAUUCGUUAAAAUAUUUUUGUUCCACGCAACGGCAUCCAAUGCAUCCAUUGUAUAAAUUCAAAUAGUUUUGUUUCACGUCCUCCUUCAUAUCCAAAUUAUUGUUCAA